AACCCCAUAAAAAACAGGGUCGGGUCCUUGCCAUUUCAUAGCCACAAAAAUUUACCCCGAGUAUUCUCUCGCUAGUGGGGGUUUGAUUCAAAUUUUCAAAUCUAUCAAACGGUCAUGAGACCAGUCAUUCUAUAAUUUGAAUUUUUACACCCCGCCCCUCUCUCAUUUCUAUUUCACUCCAAACCCUUCUCCUAAAUUCCAUCCCGUCCUCUAGCCUCGUCAACGAUGCCCCUGAUAUCUGAGCCGCAGAGUGCUAUGAAAUCCAGAUUCGGAUUCCACGACCACAGUCACAGUUCCUCAGAACAGCCACCUCCCGUGAUGCCGGCGGUCAAGAGCUCGCCGGAUCUCCGGAUUCUGAAAUCAGCUUGCAAGGAGAGGAAUGAGAAUUGGGAAGGUGACAGUGCACAAACCUCGUUCUCUAACCAAUCACGGAGUUUUGAGUUCCGUGAAGAUCCUGCGUUCUGGAAAGAGCAUAAUGUUCAGGUCAUUAUCAGAGUUCGUCCCUUAAGUGGUUCAGAGAUUUCUUUGUAUGGACGUAGUCAAUGUGUAAGGCAAGAUAGUUCACAGACGAUUACUUGGAUAGGGCAUCCAGAGUCACGCUUUACAUUUGACCUCAUUGCGGAUGAAAAUGUUACCCAGGAGAUGCUAUUUAAAGUUGCUGGAGUGCCCAUGGUUGAAAACUGCGUGGAAGGGUACAAUAGUUGCAUGUUUGCAUAUGGCCAAACUGGAAGUGGAAAAACACAUACAAUGCUCGGAGACAUUGAAGGCGGCACACGAAGACAUAGUGUAAACUGUGGAAUGACACCUAGAGUCUUUGAGUAUUUGUUUUCAAGAAUCCAAAAGGAAAAGGAGGCACGCAGGGAGGAGAAGAUGAGAUUUAUUUGCAGGUGUUCUUUUUUAGAGAUAUACAAUGAACAAAUUCUUGAUCUCUUGGACCCUUCUGUUGUUAAUUUACAGGGUGCUGCAAACAGAAAGGUAGCUUCAACAAAUAUGAACCGUGCUAGUAGUCGUUCUCACAGUGUAUUUACUUGUGUUAUUGAAAGUAAGUGGGAGUCCCAAGGUGUAACACACCAUCGGUUUGCACGCCUUAAUCUUGUGGAUUUGGCCGGCUCUGAAAGGCAAAAAAGUUCAGGUGCCGAAGGUGAAAGGCUAAAGGAAGCCACUAACAUCAACAAGUCUCUCUCAACAUUGGGGCUUGUGAUUAUGAACCUUGUUAACAUGUCCAGUGGGAAGUCACUCCAUGUUCCUUACCGAGAUUCAAAGCUGACAUUUUUGUUACAGGACUCGCUGGGAGGGAAUGCAAAAACAAUCAUAAUUGCCAAUGUCAGUCCUUCCAGCAGCUGCUCUCUAGAAACUCUAAGCACAUUGAAAUUUGCUCAGCGUGCCAAAUUCAUAAAGAAUCAUGCUGUUAUAAAUGAAGAUGCUUCUGGAGAUAUUCUUGCAAUGAGGGUGCAGAUUCAAAAUCUGAAGAAAGAAGUUGCUCGUCUUCAGAGUAUGGUGAAUGUAGGUGCUGAUUCUUAUGAAACUGAUUCAAGGAUUGUAGGCUUACCAGAAUCACCAGCUUAUAAAAAUGACUACGAAGCUGCCCUUGUUGGAGCUUUCAGGAGGGAAAAGGAUAAAGACAUUGCUAUCCAGGCAUUGACUGCUGAAAAUCAGGCAGCCAUGCAGCUGGCAAAACAAAGAGAAGAUGAGAUACAAGGACUGAAGAUGAUACUAAGGUUUAGGGAGUCUAAAAUCAAAAGGCUGGAAUCAGUAGCUUCUGGAAAAAUCUCUGCCGAGAUUCAUUUGUUGAAAGAGAAAGAGGAGCAUUUGAAGGAAAUAGAAGUCCUGAGGAACCAAGUUGAUCGUAACCAAGAAGUGACCAGAUUCGCUAUGGAAAACUUGCGAUUAAAAGAAGAGAUCAGAAGAUUGAAGUCUUUCUAUGAGGAAGGUGAACGUGAAAGAAUGAAUGAGCAGAUCAUGAUACUCGAAAAUCAGUUGCGAGAAGCUCUGGAUUGGAAACUUAUGCAUGGCUCUGAUAUGUUUGAUACCCAGAAACCAGCCCCACCUACGCAUACUGCAGUUGACGAGGAAAAUGAGUUCCUCCACUUGCAGGCUAUUUAUAAUCAGUCAGAACUGGAUGUCCUCCGCAAAAAACUUGAUGUUAGUGUUGAGGAGAAACAAAAUUUGGAAAGGCAGUUAAGAGACUUGGUGAAAGAGCUAGACUCAGAGAAAUCCUCUAAAGCAGCUAUGUUGGAGGAGUCUCAGAAAGUGCAACCUGAUCCUUCUUCUCUAGCGAACAACUGCCAGCUGCCAUGUAUUGGGGUCUGUGAUCAGGUGGAACUUGCGACAAUGGUUAAUGCUAUUGCAGCUGCAAGCCAAAGAGAAGCCGAAGCUCAUGAAACCGCUAUUUCCUUGUCUAAAGAAAACGAUGAACUAAAAGUGAAGAUCAAGGGGUUAAUUGAGGACAACCAAAAAUUGAUAGAACUUUAUGAACAAGCGGUUGUGGAGAAGAGUAGUGCAAACCCACAUGAUUGUCAGUCAUCUGAAGAUACUGCAGAGAAGGAACGGUUGAGAGGGGAAGUUGAGCGCUUAAACCAUCAACUCGGGGAAAUACAUGAAGAAAAUGAAAAACUGAUGGGUCUUUAUGAGAAUGCUGUGCAAGAGAAAAUGAAGAGAGAAGAGGUUAAAUGCACAGACCCUCAACUUGCUGAAAUGCACGAAGAGAAUGAGAAACUGAUGGGCCUUUACGAGAAAGCAAUGCAAGAGAGAGACGAUUUCAAAAGGUUGCUUUCUUCCACCAAGAAGGAAACAAUUGAGAAUAAAGAGGAAUUUCCUAAUAUUCAUUUAGGUGAGCAAAAUAAUAGCGAGUCUGGGAUUCCAAAAGAAGAAGAAACAUUUGAGGAGACUAGCAUGAUUGAAGUAAAUGUACAAGAUGAAUACAGUCAAUAUUCAGUCCGUUCAUACACAGGCAAUGAUUCAGAUUCUGAUGAACUUCCUUUCUGCAAUGUUGAAGAAACACAAGGCAAAGAGUUGGUCAGAAGGAAGCUUGACGAAGCACACGAAAAGCUACUGAAAUCCACCAACACAGUGAGCAUGUUUGGCGCACUGGAAAGAGAGUUUCUUGAGAUUGAUGAGCUUUCAAGAAGAAUGGUGGGAUUAGAAGAGAGCAUCCGGGCAAAACAUCAAGGCUAUGAGUCCUUUAUGAUCACGUCUUCGGAAUUGCUAGCAAAGAAAGACACAGUGGAGAAAAAGCUAUCUGCACUGAGGUACUCAUUGUCAAGCUUCUCUUCUUCAAUAGGUUACUUUGAGCUCCAUGAAAUUCAAGCAACGGAGAGGUGGAAUGCCUCUCUAACACAUCUCAAUGUAAAGAAAGCCGAGUUAGCUCAAUUACAAGCCUCCAGGGAUGAACUUAUGGGCUUGCAGACAAGAGCCAAACAGUCAGAAUCCGAAUUGAGGGACCAGUUAGAUAAGUUGAAAAGGAGACUGGAGGAAGAGAACCAAAGACUGGAAAGCGACAGGGUUCUGUUUUCCAUAGACAACAUUGGAAAACCCGAUGUGGGCCCCACCGUCACCUCCUCCCAAAUGAGUUGGCACGUGAGCGGGAAAGCCACCGAGCUUCUCAAGUGCGCGGAGGAGAAGACAAAGACACAGAACGAGAUAAAGCAGAGUCAAGAUAGACUGGCGACGUUGAGAGCAGAAGCCGAUGAUCUGAACAGGAAAAUGGCGAAGGUGGACGGUCACAUCCAGUAUGUCGAGAAAGAGGUGCGAAAGUGCUCUGUUUCAGCACAGGAGAUGGAAAACAGGGUUCAAACCAUCAGGCACGAGAAGGAAAUGGUGGUGGAGAUGAUGGAAGAGGGGAAGAACGAAAUUCGAAGCAUGAUCGCCGAGUACCAGCAGUGCGUGUUUGAGGCUGCCAUGAAGGAUGAAGAGAUGUCGAUUUUGGACGAGGAAAUGCGGAUGGAAAUGGAGGAGAUGGAGGAGUUGAAGAGGCGGAGAGAUAUGGCGGCGACUAGGAAGAAUCAACUGUUGCAGUCGUGCUUGCUAUUGGAGAAGGUGGAGGAGGACCUCCGUGAUAUCCAAAGGUCAGUCAUGGAGCUUAACCUUCUGCUGCUUGCCGACAACAAUGCAGUUGACGACCUCCAUUAAAUUCAAUUCCCUCUUACUAGUCCAACAAACUGUGCGCCAUGGCUGUAGUAUUUAUACUCCUAUUUAACCAACUACUGCGAGCAACUUGCUACAACUAGGCGGAAGAGGUAAUAUUCAUUUGUAUAGUUCAUCCUUAAACAAUGGUUACAACCUCCUUUUUUGUGUUCGUAGGGCAAUAUAUUUAUAAGCUCAUC